AUGGACAAUGGGAUGGUCUCUGGCUUUAUCAUGAUUAAAAACAUCUUCCUCUUCUGCGUUUCCAUGAGUUUAGCCAGCCACUUCGGCUUCUCGCAGACGCCAACAGCAUCGGGAAAAGAGGACGCCAAUGAUAACAUCACUAUAUUCACCAGGAUCUUGGACGGUCUGCUGGACGGCUACGACAACCGACUGCGCCCGGGACUGGGAGAGAGAAUAACUCAGGUGAAAACAGACAUCUAUGUUACCAGUUUUGGUCCUGUGUCAGACACAGAAAUGGAAUACACCAUUGACGUUUUUUUCCGACAAAGCUGGAAAGACGAAAGGCUGCGAUUCAAAGGACCUAUGCAACGCCUCCCCCUUAACAACCUGCUCGCCAGCAAGAUUUGGACCCCGGACACUUUUUUCCACAAUGGCAAGAAGUCUAUUGCUCACAACAUGACAACCCCAAACAAACUUCUGCGCCUGGAAGAUGACGGCACUCUGCUGUAUACCAUGAGAUUGACCAUCUCUGCUGAAUGUCCCAUGCAGCUUGAAGAUUUCCCCAUGGAUGCACAUGCUUGCCCAUUAAAAUUUGGAAGCUAUGCUUACCCCAAUUCUGAAGUGAUCUAUGUGUGGACUAAUAGCACCACAACAUCUGUGGUGGUGGCUGAAGAUGGUUCACGACUUAACCAGUACCACCUGAUGGGACAAACUGUAGGAACUGAAAACAUCAGUACCAGUACAGGCGAGUACACUAUUAUGACAGCCCAUUUUCAUCUGAAAAGAAAAAUUGGUUAUUUUGUCAUCCAGACGUACCUUCCUUGCAUUAUGACUGUGAUCUUAUCGCAAGUGUCAUUUUGGCUAAACAGAGAAUCUGUCCCUGCUAGGACUGUCUUUGGAGUAACCACAGUCCUCACCAUGACCACCUUAAGUAUCAGUGCCCGUAACUCUUUGCCAAAAGUGGCCUACGCUACUGCAAUGGACUGGUUUAUAGCUGUCUGCUAUGCCUUUGUAUUUUCUGCAUUGAUUGAAUUUGCAACAGUCAACUAUUUCACCAAGAGGAGUUGGGCAUGGGAUGGCAAAAAAGCCCUGGAAGCUGCUAAAAUCAAGAAAAAAGAGCGCGAAUUGCUGGGAAAUAAAUCAACUAAUACUUACAGCACUGGGAAGAUGACCCCUGCACCAAACAUGCCAAAGGACUCAGCCCCAUCUGUCAUCUCAAAUGCUGCAUCUGCUCCAGUGAAGUCUGCAGAAGAAAAGCCUGCUGAAAGCAAAAAGACUUACAACAGCAUCAGUAAGAUUGACAAAAUGUCCCGGAUAAUUUUCCCGGUGCUGUUUGGAACUUUUAACUUAGUUUACUGGGCCACAUAUUUGAAUAGGGAGCCUGUUAUUAAAGGUGCCAAUUCUCCAAAAUAA